AUGGAAUGGAACUGGUCUGCGAAUCUGGUAGAUAAUGAGGUGGUUUCGGAGUUUAAUUUAUGCAGCAAUAUGAUUCAAAAUGUGGCGCUUUCUCAGAGGGAGGAUUCGUGGAAAUGGCUCAGAGAUAAUACGGGUUCUUUCACAGUUAAGUCGGUGAAGAAGAUGAUAACGAAAGGUAUACCGGAUGACUCGAAUGACAAGUAUAAUUUCAAGUGGUGUAGGUGGAUUCCAAGUAAGUGUAAUAUCUUUGCUUGGCGUUUAACUUUAGAUAGAAUCCCGAUGAAAAGGGCGUUAAUGAAAAGAAACAUUCACGUGGGUAAUAUGGAUUGUGUUCUUUGUGGCGAUUGGGAGGAAAAUGUCGAAAAUUUGUUUACAGGAUGCAGAGUUUCGACGGGAGUUUGGCAAGGGAUACCGGCGUGGUGCAAAAUUCGGACGGUGUUUGCCUUCACAGUUAGUGAUUUGUUCGACUUUCAAAACAUUUGCGCGGCUUCGACGACCACGAGGAAGGAAGCCAUCCGAGGAGUUUUUAUUAUAACGUGUUGGUGGAUUUGGCGUACAAGAAACCAAAGUUUGUUCAAGCAUAAGAGUUUCAAGGUGGCGGAUAUUGUGGCGAAUAUCAAGACAACGAGUUUUCUUUGGUUUAAACAUAGGCAAAACGAAGUGGUUGUGGACUGGAAUGAUUGGUGUAAUUUUUGCUUUUUGAUGUAA